AUGAGUGCCAGCCUGAGCACCACGGAUAUCGGCCUAUCUCUAAACGGAACAACCGGGUUGGACGCCGAGACCAGAGCUGCUAUCUAUGAAUUCAGAGUGUUCAACAUGGUCAUCCUUUCCCUGGCUGUGUGUGUUCUCACGGUGACGGCGGUCAUCUGCUGCGUGUCCUACUACAGCCACAGGAGGUGGUGUAAGCGUGCAGGUGGGAACGAGAGCACUGUGGGCCGGGACUCUGGAGCAGAGCUAGUGGAUGUGAAGGUCACAAGGAAGAGGCGGAGCUUCCGGAACCCUCUGGCACUGCUCCGGAGACAGGAGUCGAGCAGAGACAACUCCCGCAUCUACUACAUAUACAGCAACCCUCUACCUGUCGGACACCCAGAGGAUGAACCAUCGACACCUGAAACACCCGAAACACACACUCCUCUUACACUGCAGGACUACGCCAAGGACCCCGCGAGUGGUAUAGUCCUGGACCCACCGACAUUCUACAUGCAGCUGUAGAGCCAACUGGAAUGUUCCAUCUGUAAAAGGGACAAGGGUAUCUGUUGUUUAGAUGCAAAGCGCCUCAUGGAUUUGCUAAUGCUGCCUUCAUGACUUAAGUUGGAAUUGGGACGUUUCUGACUUACAAGUCUGACGGCUUCCAAGCUCAAAAUUCCCAGUUUUAAUUCCACGUAACUUCAACAUAAUGGCACUCAUGGUGCAAAGUAAGAACAGGAAAUAGCAUUUUAAGGAAUGGAAUGGAUUUUUGGUCUCA